CCGCUGAUUAAAAAAGAAUAUUUUCCGGCAAAAUCAUAUUAUCUAAAGGAGCGAUAAGAACAACAUACCGGUAUUUUGAGCCAUAACUGGCUGUGAUCCAUGUAUACUCUCGUACCAGUUCUUUAAUGGGCUAUCGCUUUUCGGCCUAUGAGGGGUCCGGUUUACAUUUCGUUCUUGCACCCUCUCCAGCCGGUUCCACAUAAGCUAUCAUGAUGAGAAGUGAAUUGACAAAGAGGCAGCCAUGGCAUCGUUGCUGAGGCCACGAAAUUGAUUUGUGGGCGAUGGAUUUGUUUGUUGCUAAGGCCGUAUAAUUAAUAGCAAUUGAAAAUACUUGCUGAUAGGCGUCACUAGUCGUUAUGUGAAUUCCACUUUUGGGGUGAAUCGGAGACAGGAGGAGAUGGAGGAAGUGAAAGUGUUAGAGCUUUACCAACUUCAUUACUCUGAUCUGUUGCUACUUUCAUCGACACCAUCAUCUUGUGGAGAAGAUCAAGUAUCAAGACUUGAAAAAAUUAGGACGGCCAUAAUGGAGACGCUAGGCCCCAAAGGACCAGGUCUUCUCUCCAUCACCGCCGUACCUAACGCUUCUCUUCUCCGCCGCAAUCUUCUCCGUCUAGCUCCAAAGCUCGCUCUUCUUCACCCCGACAACCGCAAACGCCUCCUCAAGGAGCACAACUUGGGGACUGAUGUUUCUUUAAAGAAUCCUUGUAGAAAAGUGUCCUCUUUUGCAAUGCAACUCAAAUAUGCAGAAGCUCUGGAAUCUGUACUUGGUAAACCAAGUCAUGUCAUUCAUCCGCACUCGAAUUCAGAACCAACUUAUCUGGAUGUUGAUGAGGUGAGAAACUUUCAGGAUGAUGAAUUUGAAAAUCUUUCCAACGUCUUUAAAGAUCUAGGAUAUUGCAUGAUGGAUCUGGGACUCCGUCUUGCUCAAAUAUGUGACAAGUUCAUUGGUGGCCGAGAGUUGGAACGAAGCUUAUUGGAAUCUGGCACUGCGAAAGGCCGCCUUAUACAUUAUCAUUCAGUUUUAGAUAACCUUCUUCUGAGAGAAACUGGGAGAAGCAAGGGAUCCAGCAAAAAUCAGGCUAAUUCCAAAAAGGAUUGCGAGCACAGCUUGAACACCAAGCAAGACCACUUGCAAGGACCAAACUCGGUUAUAACUGGCAAUAAGAUAGAUUCAUACAAAAAUCAGGCUGAUUUAUGGCAGGAGUGGCAUUAUGAUUAUGGUAUCUUCACUGUUCUGACAGCACCUAUGUUUUUUGUGCAAUCUAAUUCAUCAGAAAAUAUGGCGACAGAUCAAUCUUCAGUAUCAUGCAGUCAAGAAUCCCCUUAUCCAAAUGGGUAUUCAUAUUUGCAAAUAUUUGAUCCCAACAAGAACACUGUCCUCAUGGUGAAGACUUCUCCAGAAAGUUUCAUCAUUCAGGUUGGGGAGUCAGCUGAUAUUUUAUCAAAAGGAAAGCUUCGAUCAACCCUACACUGUGUCUCAAAACCAGUAAAGGUGGAAAAUAUAAGCAGAGAAACUUUUGUUGUGUUCUUGCAACCUGCAUGGAGCAAGAAGUUCUCAACCUCAGAUUAUACCAUGGAAGACAGCCAUAACUCGAAUGAAUCUGCUCCAGACUUUCAUAAAAUUAUUCCACCACUUUCAUCACGGUUGAAGGAUGGAAUGACAUUUGCAGAGUUCUCACGUGAAACUACGAAGCAGUACUAUGGUGGCAGUGGUUUACAGUCCAAAAGAUAAUAGCUCCUUGGGAUUUUGUAUGCUUUAGAAUGCAAUUUUUGUAAGGCUUCUUCCAAUAUUCUUAUUGAUCACAUUGCUUGAUGUUUUUGUUAAUGAAUCCUAGCAUUCGCUUGCUCAACGCCAGUCUUUCUUUCUAUACCUCCAUUAUCAACCUCAAGUGGGCCAACCUUGAAUUUGAUACAAUAUUGUUAAACAAGGAAGAGAACUAGGAGGUUGCUUAUUGCUCAGCAAUUGGUUUCUUGAACCACGUACAGUUAGUUUUUCCUUUUUCAUUAGUAACUGGUUUUUUGAAUCAUAUCAUUAGUGUGUUCCCGUUGGCAACUUCUACAUCUGUUUUGAAUCUUUAGUAA